CCCGUUACGAACACUGCCGGUCUGCGCCUUCCCAUCUCAGUGCCCGGCAGUCGCCGUCGGAAGCAACAGGUGGCUGCAGUGAUUGGCAUCAUCUUUGCUGCCGUGUCGCGCAGACACGUCUCUGACACACGUAUCGAAGAGCUUUGACGGCGAUAGUACGAAUCGUUCGUUGUUGCUUCGCGCUUUCUAUUAACUGACGUUCCGACCCUCUGACCCGCAAACCCUGUUCCGUCACGCGUCGAAAAUAAAUUCUACGGCGACAAACUGUGACACAACGUGGAAAGUGGCACAUGUUGCGGAAUUAUUAACUGGCCAGAGCUCGGAGUAGAGCAUAGAUCUUUAUAUUUUUUUCUCCGCCCACGAUGUCCAACAACACGACGCAGACCGUUGUAAAGUAUGCUGAUGCUGACCGAGAAGCCAACAUCGUCACCCAGCUGCAGCCGGCGAAUGACAUCGCUUUGCAACGUCAAAGGGGGCCCGCGUGCUGCCGCGACUGCACCCCCAUGGAGCGCAGGCUGGCGCUGGUGGCGGCGACCACGCUGCUGGCAGCCGUCGCUCUCGCCGUCUCGCUGGGCGUCCUCUUUGCCAAGUGGCAGCACCAGCCCAGAGCCAGUCAGGCGCCAGUAUCCCAGUCCAGCAGUCAGAGCCAGGAGGACCUCUGCCUCACACAAGGAUGCAUCCAAGCAGCGUCUGAGGUGCUGAGCAAGCUGGACCCGUCGGCGGCCCCCUGCGACGACUUCUACCAGUACGCGUGCGGCAACUACGCGCGCACCACCAACAUCCCGGACGACAAGUCGUCGGUGGACACCAUCUCGGCUCUCACCGACCACCUGCUGGAGAAGCUGCGCAACGCCAUAGAAGAGGAGCCGACCGAAGCUGUCGUCCCACGGAGCCUGCAGCUGGCGCGCGACUUCUACAGGGCCUGCAUGAACAAGCCACAGGUCGAGUCCCGCGGCGUGGAGCCGCUCCAGAGGGCGCUGCAGCAGCUGGGCGGCUGGCCCGCCGUGGAGGGCGACUCCUGGCACGAGGCGGGCUUCGACUGGUGGCGGAGCGUCUGCCGCUUCCGCAGGGCCGGAUUCAGCACCGACUACUUCAUCAAGUUCUCGGUGGAGACCGACCACCGCAAUUCAACGCAGCGCUGCAUUUACCUGGACCGGGCAUCGCCAGGACUAAGUCACGAGUUCCUUUUGAGGCCUCCCCCAAACAAGCAGGUGGAUGCGUAUUACAAGUACCAGGUGGACCUAGCAGUCCUGCUGGGCGGUGACAGAGUGCGCGCACAGCGUGAGCUCAGGCAGUCCCUCGAGUUCGAGAGACAUCUGGCCAUAAUCUCGCUGACAAGAGAGAAGAGGGGCAACGUGACGCAGCCGUACGAACCGCCCACCGUGGAGAAGCUGCAGCGGGCGUACCCGUCGGUGCCGUGGCUGGAGUUCCUGCAGGCGCUGCUGCCGCCACGCGUCACCAUCUCCAGCAGCGAGGCGGUCGUCGUUCUGGCGCCGUCGUACAUCGAGCGCCUCUUGCAGUUGCUCGGCCACACCCCCAAGAGGGUGAUCGCCAACUACGUCAUGUGGCGGGCGGCUGAGGCCCGGGUGAGGUUCAUGACGGAGGAGAUGCGCGAGCGCCAGCUCGACUACAACUACGCCCUGACCGGCAAGAAAGAGCGGCAACCCCGCUCGAGGGAGUGCGUCGAAAUCGUCGCUACCGGCAUGCCGCUGGCUGUGGGCUCCAUCUAUGUGCGCAGGUUCUUCGACAAGGAGGCCAAGAACGCAGCGCUCGAGAUGGUGGACGACAUCCACCAGGAGUUCCUCCACAUGCUGCAAGAGGUGGACUGGAUGGACGAGGGCACCAAGGAGAAGGCACUAGAGAAGGCCAAGUCCAUAGUCGCCCACAUCGCCUAUCCUGAUGAGUUGCUGGAUGACAGCAAGCUGGAUCACUUCUAUGAGACGCUGGACGUCAACUCAACCCUCUACCUGGAGAGCUUGCUCAACGUGACCAAGUUCCUGAUGGACUACUCCUUUGGUCAACUGCGGCAGCCCAUCAACAAGACUUCAUGGACCACCCAUGGAGCGUCAGCUACUGUGAACGCCUUCUACGACCCCAGUGAGAACUCCAUAUUGUUCCCAGCGGGCAUCCUCCAAGGAGCCUUCUUCAGUGCUGACCGCCCCAAGUACAUGAACUACGGUGGCAUCGGCUUUAUCAUUGGCCACGAGAUCACACACGGCUUCGACGACAAGGGUCGUCGGUAUGACAAGGAUGGUAACGUGGUGGUCUGGUGGGACCCUGUGACUCGUGACAAGUUCCUUAAGAAGGCACGCUGCAUCAUCUCACAGUACGGGAAUCUCACUGAUAAGCAGACAGGCAUGCACCUGAAUGGGCUCAUCACACAGGGGGAGAACAUCGCAGACAACGGCGGCAUCAAGGAGGCGUACCGCGCCUACCUCGCCCUGGAGCGCCGCACCGGCCGGCCAGAACUGAGGCUGCCCGCGCUGCCCGGCCUCUCUCCACGGCAGAUGUUCUGGGUGUCCGUCGCACAGGCCUGGUGCUCCAAGUACCGUGUUGAGCAGAUGCGCCAGUGCAUCUUGACUGACGUUCACGCACCGAGCCGCUUUCGCAUACUGGGCCCAUUCAGCAACCAGCCCGAGUUUGCCAAGGACUUCGAGUGUCCACCUGGCAGCCACAUGAACCCGAAACAGAAGUGCCAGGUGUGGUAAAGCGUCAAGAGCCUGAUAGCCACAUCGAAGUGUCAGGAGUCUAUCACCAGCUGCCAAGUGCCUGAUGUCACCCACUGUCCAUCGCACUCAUCCGACUCCCAAAUGCACAGAUACCCCGACUCAGUGAUUCUGCAGAACAAAAGGGAAUUUAAUGCUGUCAACGAUUGACCAAUACUUCAGAUAUGAAACUUUGUUUGCGUGUAGUCCUCACUACACGGGUUCUGACGUGUUCACUAUGGGACUGGAGUCUCAAAACAGGCUAUCAGAUGUAUCCACAGAAGACUGGAAAAGGACUGUCCAGUUGCUAUAGUUUUAGCACAUGCUUAAUGGGGAUUGCCAAUUUUGUGUGCGUGUGUGUGUGUGUGUGUGUGUGUGUGUGUGUGUUAUCAUUGUACAACCAGCUUCUUGAGAAGGAUAAAUAAAUCUGUUUGCAGAUGCAGUUACCUUUA